GAGGGUCUGGAACAGGUGAUGCGGUUGAAGAGACACCCCCAAUGAAUGGUGGCGCUGCCAUCGCUCAUAAACCCUAGUGAUUCUCUCUGCGUCCACGUCUUCGAAUGCAUACCACAAAUGAUCCCCUCCUUCCAUCCCCCUGAUCAUGUUCUCUCUGCGAUCCACUCGCAGACUCUGCCACUCCGCCGCCGCUGCCGCCGAUUCUUCCGCCGCUCCUCUAAUUCGCGUUCAGACCUCAAAACCCUUAGAACCCCCUGUUCUCGAUAAGCUCAAAGCCGAGAGGGACCCUGACAAGCUCUUCCACCUUUUCAAGGCCAAUGCCACUAACCGCAUCCUAGUCGAGAACCGCUUCGCCUUCGACGACACCGUUUCAAGGCUCGCCGGUGCUCGCCGUUUCGAUUACAUCGAACACUUGCUUGAGCACCAGAAAACCCUACCUCAGGCUCGCCGCGAAGGAUUCAUCGUUCGAAUUAUAACCCUUUAUGGCAAAGCUGGCAUGACCAACCGCGCCGUCCACACUUUCUAUAACAUGCGCUGUCGUAGAACCGUUAAGUCUUUCAACGCUACCCUUCAAGUUUUGGCUCAAUCCCCAAAUUUCGAUUCUAUUCGCCAGUUCUUAGUUCAGGUUUCUCCCCGCUUUGAUAUUCAGCUAGAUAUUGUUUCUGUUAACAUUGCUAUUAAGGCCUUUUGUGAAGUGGGAAAGCUUCAAGAGGCUUAUUUGUUUAUGUCAGAGGCUGAGAAAAAGGGUGUUUCACCUGAUGUGAUAACGUAUACUACUCUUUUAUCUGCUUUUUACAAGAAUAAGAGGUGGGAAAUUGGCAAUGGUUUGUGGAACCUUAUGGUGUUGAAGGGGUGUAUGCCCAACCUUGCCACGUUCAACGUUCGGAUCCAAUUUCUUGUUAGUGUGAGGCGUGCGUGGGAUGCUAAUAAAUUGAUUGAUGUGAUGCAGAGAGUGGGGAUUGCACCGGAUGAGGUUACCUUUAAUUUGGUGAUCAAGGGUUUUUGCCAGGCUGGUUAUGUUGACAUGGCCAAGAGGGUUUAUUCUGCGCUGCAUGGGAAGGGGUAUAAACCUAAUGCUAAGAUUUAUCAGACCAUGAUUCAUUAUUUAUGUAAGAGUGGGGAUUAUGAUCGGGCGUACACCAUGUGCAGAGAUUCUAUGCAGAAGAAUUGGUUUCCGGAUGUCAGUACCUUCUAUAUGCUGCUGGAGGGCCUUAAGGGAAAUGGUCAAAUUCGUAAAGGAAUGUUGAUCGUUACGUUGGCUGAGAAGAGAAUGCCUCCCUUCUCUUCUGGUCAUUUGGCUGCCAUGCAGUCCAUAUUGUCCAGUAGUUAGCUUAGGUAGAAUAGGGAAACAGGAAAUUGGCUGACUUUUGUGAGACAGCAGCCUCGACGGUUCUCUCAUAUUCUUUGUAUUCCAUUCGUUUGUACAUCUUGAAAUUUUAACAAGCCUGAAGUUUUUAUGUUAUUACAUCGAGACGAGCAGACGAACACUAAUUAUUUUCCACUCAGUUUUUUGUACCACCAUCCUUAAUAACAUUUCAGCCAAGAUGAUAUUUCAGGAGGCAAGUAUCCUAUAAACUCUUGUAAGUUUUGGAGCGUAAGUUUUGGAGCACUUUCCCCUUCAGCAUUCUUUCUCUUUGUCACACACAGCACCAUUUUUGUGAUUGCUUAAUUGCAGACUAAUCUUGCAUGUGGCUAUCAAAGGUUGUAUAUGCUAUUCUUUCCAUGUCUUACUUUGGAAAAGUGUGCCUAGAUCAUGGAUCAUUUUUACGACUGUCAAUAGUAAUUAACCAAAUAUUUAUUUUAUUUUCAAUUAUUGAAAAUUUUAAGGUGGAUUUCUGGGGUUUUAAGGCAGAUGCAUAUCUGCAAAGUCACUUCUUUUGGGUUCAUGCAUGUCAUUUUAUGAACUUUUAUUUAGUAAAAGUUGUUGUCUUCAGAUACUAAUGUAACACUUGAUGAUUUCAGAAUCAUGGUGGUGUGGUGUAGAGUACAGUAAUCAUUUUAAAUAAGUGAAGUUCAUCCUUGUUGGAUAUCAAUGAUCAGAUGUAGACCUCGUGAAGGUAAAGUGUUCUUGUCAUGCACUGGAAAUUUCUGGAAGUAUUUUGAUGCGCAAUCUGGGUUUUGUGUAGCAGAGAGCAGAUACUUUGUGUACAAUGAACAUCCUUGUUCAGAUUCCAAGGCUGUCUGAAAGGCUUCUGUCCACACUGCAUAAUGUAUAUUGGGCUUGAUGAGGUAUUUGUGGAGUGAACAAGUUUACAGAUAUGAGUUUAUGCUUUAGAACAUGGAUCUUAUCUGCUCUUCUUUGUGCUUAUCUGAUUUGGAUUGAUGCCGGACAAUAGCUAAAUGUUCUCCUUAUUUGAAGGUAUUUUCCAAUAAAAAAGUUGUUGAAGAGAAUAACCAAUAUAUUUAUAUGGGUAGCCAUGUUUGGUUGAAUGUAUUGGAGAAGUUUUGUCAGCCUUUUGCUGUAAAAUCUAUUGUGAAGGGGGAGACAGACGGAUGAGAAUAGAAAGAGCAUUAUUGCAUUGGAAGGCACAAGAUCGAGUGUCUAUUUUGUGAUUAUCCAUAGACAUGAGACAUCCGGUGUAUGACCAUGGUUAGAACUUCUUGUCCAUCAAUAGGAAUAAUAAUCAGGAUGGAGAAUUAUUUGCACGUAACGCGUGGAUAUGAUGUGCUGAUAUUGCUGUUGGUUGUUUGCACAGUCCUUCAUUAAAAGCAUAACACUUUCCACUGAACUAGGAUCUUGCAUCCGUUUUUGCCAUUGUUGUACAGAAAAAUCCUUGAACCAGGAAUAAGAAGACACAACAUAUACAGAGAGCAAUGGCACGCUGCAAACUAAAAGAAGCCAGAAUUUUGUCACAAUACGAGCGCGAUGUUGGAAGGUAUAAAGUGGUAGGAACCAGUUACUCAUCCAAGAGUAAGCACAUAUACCACAUCAUUCUGGCAUAAGCUUUGCCCCUCUAGCAUUUUUUUUUCAUAUUGAAAACGAGGGAAGCUUCAUCGCUGAUUGAAAAACAAUUAUACCAAUCAGAAUAGAUGAUCAUUUAAAUUGAUAUUUUUUUUUCCAUGGUAUUACGAGUGUUUUUGGUUUUAGGGAAGUCCUCUAAGAUUUUAAUCAGUUUCAUCAACUUGUCGAUUUUAUGUUUUAAAUGAAGUUAUUUGUCCCUUGAC